UUUUUAUCUUUUUUUCUGUUUCUCUUUUUCUUUUCCUCUUUUUUUCUCUGUCAAUUUGAAUUCUAUUUUUGACAAACAACAACAGUCUUUAUGUUACAUUGGUUACAACAGUUUUUUUCUUUUCUUCUCUCAUUCGCUUUAUCUGUGUAAUUAUUUUGUUUUUGUUUUUCUCUGUAUUCUUUUUUCUCUCUCUUUUAUUAUCCUUACAUUAUUAUUAACACUAUGGUUUGAUUCGCUUCGGUUUGGUAAUCAAAAUUGGGCUUUGGUUUUAAUCUAAUAUGAUGAUUUUCUUUGGUGAAUCGUGUUGAUUAUUUUCACUUGUAUCUUGUCUUCCUUCAUGUUUUGGUUGUGUCCAUCUUUUUUCUUCCCAUCCAAUUAUUAUUAUUAUCAUCGUGCAUCGUAUCUUGAAUAAUUGUUAUAGUGAAAUAAGAUUUUAUGAUAUAAUCGAUUAAUCUACUUGUUGUUUACUACUGGUAACCAUGUAGCUGUUGUUUCUGUGUUUUUAUCAACCGAAAAAAUAUCAAAAACAAGAUUAACCAUCUAUUUGAAUCUUACCUGUGAUUUUCCGGCUGCUUGAUUCAUAUUUUGGAAAUCUAAUCAUGUUAAAUAGCUCGUUGAUGCACAAUCUAUCAGUUGGUGCUGAAAAGAUUAAAAGUAUCCUGCUUGAAAAUGGAGACGAGGAAAACGAUGGAUUUGAUGAUACUGAUGAUGGUCACAAUUCACAGUUCAUAUUAAAUGGAAUUAACAAUGAAAGUACUGAUUUAUCUGGUCUUGAAUGUUCCUAUGUUGAUAUUCAUCUCCUUGAUGAGAAGCUUAAACUGCUUAAUGUUUACACGGAUAAAUUAACUUCAUUCAAUUCACGAAUAACAAAGGAGAAAAAUGAUCUCUUUAAUGAGAAGUUAACAUUUCAAACUCGAAUGAGUGAGAUAUUAAAAGAAAAGGAGAGACUGGAAAUUCAAUUAAAAGAUUCCAAACGAACAGUUGAUCUACUUCAAGAGGAAUUAAAUGACAAGCAUCUUCAAUUAAGUGCGCUGAAAACUCGAUUAGACGGAACCUCUUGUUUGGAUAUUAAUCAAUUAAAAUCAUCAAUCAACGAUUUAAAACGAUCCCUAACAAUUGAACAAGAGAAAAGUGAACAUUUAAUUUCUAAAGUUGAUGGAUUACAAUUGGCUGUUGAAGAGAGAAACAACCGAAUCUCUCAAUUAAUCAAUGAAUUACAUCAAGUUGAAUCAGAUAAACACUCUCUGGGAAUGAGAAUACAAGAAUUGUCUAAAGAAAAACAAUUUCUUAUUGAAGAAAAGGACAAAUUGGAAUCAAGGAUUGAAGAUAUGGCAAUGGAUCGAGAAAUAGAAUCAGAAGAAGCUCGUCUUCGCCUUCAAGAUUCAACUAAAGCCAACAAGUUGAUUCCUCAACUAAUGCAAUUAGUGAUACGAGAUAAAAACGAUGAAAUUACCGAAUUACAAAGUCAACUUGAAGAUAUUAAAGAAAAGCUUAACCUGGUACUGCCAUAUUCUCAAGAUUUGACUGACCCAAUCGCCAUGGUCGAUGAAUUGAUUAAUCAUUAUCUUAUUCUUAAGGAUAGGAUUGAUUUACAAUUACCCACAACAAAUCAAGUUCAAAAUUUAUACCAAAAUUCAAGUGUUCCUGGUUCACCGAGAUGUUUAAAUAAUGAACAAACGAUUACCUCAACUAUCAACAAGUCAUUUGGAUCAUCCAAUGGUUCUAGAUUUAAUUACAAUGAUCAUCAUCUAGCAAUCAAGAACAACGAUCUAGAAAGUCAACUUUGUGAGCUGCAAUUAAAAUACGAUAAAAUUUAUUUCACAAUGAACAAUUUACGUGAAGAAAAUGAGAUUUUGAAACAUGAGUUGGCAGGUUUUCGAGAGAAAAGGAAUCUACCAUUUUCUCGUGAUUUAACUGACCCAAUCUCUAUGGUAGAUGAAUUAAUCGACCAAUAUCUCAUCUUAAAGGAUAAAAUUGAUUCUCAAUUAAACAUGAAAAGUGAAAUAUUUGCCCCCAAUCCGAGUGUUCUGAACUCUCCAAGAUCUUUGAACAGUGAACAGAUGAUCACGUCGACCAACAACAAUUCAUUUGGAUCGAAUGGUUUACGAACUCAAGAAGAUAACCAAUUAGCAAUCAAGAACAACGAUUUAGAGAAUCAACUGUGCGAGCUUCAGUUAAAAUAUGAUAAAAUCUAUUUCGCAAUGAACAAUCUUCGCGAAGAAAAUGAAAUAUUGAAACAGGAAGUUGAAGGUUUUCGAGAGGAAAGAAACCUACGUCUUGGAUUAACAUUACCAGUUGAUUGUGGUAAUAGUGUUAAUGGAUUGGACUUGGUGGACAAAGAUUCAGAUUUUAUUGAUGAAAAGGACAGCGUUGAAGAAGCAUUAAUUAGAGUUCAUGAACAAUCAGCUGAACUUUUAGCUUUGAGUGAGGCAACUAAACGAUCACAGGAUAAUGUUAUUCAAGCGAUAAUUAAACUUCUCCCAAUUAUUUUACUUGAUGAAAACAAAGAGAAUCAAAAUAUUGGAGUAAAUCAUUAUGACGAUGAUGGAAAUAUUAAUGUCAUUGGAAUAGAGUUCAAUGAUCUUAGUGAUAAUUAUUAUGGUUCAUGUAAUGUUUUAACCAGUGACAAGAUGGACUCAUUUCUGGAUAAGUUUACCAGUAGAAACCUCGGUAUCAAAUUGUUGGACAAAAUGUUGGAGAUUAAAAAGUUUUAUUUGGAAGCCUGUGAGAAGAUUAAAUUUUACGUUAACCAAAAUGAUACUAUUUCUGGUCAAUUAUCAACUGUGGAAGAGGCAUUGAUUAAAGCUCAGGCUAAAUUGGAUGUUUACCAAAAAAAGUACGACAAGGUUAAGAGGAAGCUCAAAGACCGUUCCAAUGAAAUAAUAUCUCAACCAAAUAACAACAACAACAAUGAAGAUAAUCAUAAUUCACAGCCAAAAGUAAACACAAUGAACAAGGUUAAGGUUGAUCAUUGUAAUCAAAGUGAACUGUAUCACCAGUAUCGAAGAUGUUUAAGUCAUCGUAAUUCAUUAAUUUACCAGAAAAAAUAUCUUCUCAAUGUUCUUGGUGGAUAUAAAUUACCAGAAAGAGCAACUCUUGCACUUCUUGCUCAUGUAAAAUUUACCACUGAAGAUCAACCUCCACCCACCUCUGACCGUAAAAGCUUCAAGAGUGUUGUGAAUGCUGUGAUUGCGAUCCACAGGAUUAAUCAUAUCCGGUUAAAACAUUCAUCAUAUCCAAAGAAAAUUAACCCACAAUUUGCAUCAUCAUGCCAGCCAACUACUAAAGUCAUCGUCCCUUCAUCAUCUUUACCUAAUGAUUUGUCACCGCUCCCAUCAUCUUCAUCAUCUUCAUCACAAUUAUCAGGGACUAAAAAUGACAUAGCUUCAGUUAAAUGUAUCCAGUCAAAAGCAACAAUUAAGGAAUUUGUUACUCGCCUACAGAAACUUCACCGGACACUUGGACUUCAAUAUGAAGCAAGAUAUAGCACAGCAGAUUUAUGAUAAAAAUUCUCAUCGUUUAAUUGUUACAAUUAACAACUUUUUUUACUUAUACAGCCAUCGACGUUGAGUUUGCAACCACUUUUAAUUUACUCGCGCAUUUACUGAUAAUUAGUCAAAGAUAAAUCUAAUUGGAUGACCAUUUGAAAAGAUAACACCGGUUAAUUGAGAGGAUAUUGAUUAUUAUCAUAUGUUUGGGUUAACUUAAUCUCUCAUUGAUUAUCAUUAUCGUCGCGAGUAAAUUAAAAGUGGUUGCAAACUCAAAGUCGAUGGCUGUAUAUACUUGCCAAUGAAAGAAAAAGCCAAAUUAUGAAAUUGCCAUGAAAUUUUUUCGUCAACAAAUUAGAAAGACAAGUUUUCCAAUUCUCUGGUGAUAAAAAUCUUCUCCCGACAUGAGCUGAUGAUACAUCUACUAAUUAUCUCACUGAUGCCAAAGUUAAUUAAAAAUGACAAUGAUUAACCAAAAAGAGAAACAAAACAAAAAAAGGACACAAAAUAUGCCAAAAAAGAAAGAAAAACGCCAAACUCGAACUCUUCCCACUUCGACGAAAACUCAGAACAAAAUUCAAGCUCAAACUCCGAACUAUUGAACAUACGAAUUUCGAAAAAAUUAUUUAAAAUUUUUACAUUUCGAAUGUGCCUUAAUUAUAAAAGUAUGGUAAGAAGAAAAUACUACUCUAAAUUACCCAAAACAAUUUAAUUAAUCGUAAAAAAAACAAUUCUACCUUAUUAAUUAUAUUAAUUAUCUAUCGUUGAUAGACAAUCUAAUUAAUACAUUUUAACAAACAAAAAAUUAUUUCCUAUUGAUUUUGAUCACCAUCAUUUCUAAUUAUAAUUACAAUUAUGUAGUCUUUUCUUUAUCCAUUAAAACAUAUUAAAAUUAUUGAAAACAAUCAA